ACACACACACACACUGCUAUCAUUACGCCGAAGCUCUGCGGUGGGAAGUCGGUCCGCGGCGGCUCUUCCUCUCUUGUCUUUCUGCCUUUUUGAUUUGAUUGUUUCGGGACUUUUUAUUUGCGCUGUUCGUCCUGAUCUGCGCAGCUCUGAGGAUUUAUUCGCAGGCAGCUCGUUCCCGCAAAGCUGCGCCAAUCACGGUGUUUCAUUUACCCACCGGAUCACGCAGGGACGUAUUUUUACUUUUAUAAAAACACUUUUUUAUUACUAUUAUUUGUUGACUCGUUUCAGGAUGAAUUUAGACAAAAACUGAGUAUUUUUUCUCCUCAUGACUUCUUUAAUCUCAGCCCCGGAUUCUGAUCUGGUUCGCACAUUUCAGCUUUUUGAAUAGUUUUGAGAAAAAGGAAAAACCUGCGGCUCCUGUUGCUUCUCUGAAAACCUGCGGUUCCUUCCUCCCGCCCGGAUCUCGGUGGGAGUUCAACCUGAAACCCCGCAGCCGCGGAGCGAGCGCGCAAACCCCGCACCAAACCCCGCACCAUGCCUCAGCUGUCGGGCGGCGGCGGAGACCCGGAGCUCUGCGCCACGGAUGAGAUGAUCCCGUUCAAGGACGAGGGCGACCCGCACAAGGAGCAGAUCUUCGCCGAGCUCAGCCACUCGGAGGAGGAAGGAGACCUGGCGGACAUCAAGUCCUCCCUGGUCAACGAGUCCGAGAUCAGCCCCAACAGCAACAGCCACGACGCAGCUAGACAGUCCCAAAUAGGUCCAGAUUCGUACCAUGAAAAGCACAGAGAGCACCCAGACGACGGAAAACACCCGGACAUGUACAGUAAAGGCCACCCGUACCCGGCCUACCCAGGCUACAUCAUGAUGGGCAACAUGAACAGCGACUCCUACAUGAACAACGGCUCGCUGUCGCCGCCCAUGGCCAGAACGUCCAACAAAGUCCCGGUGGUGCAGCCGUCCCACGCCGUCCACCCGCUCACGCCGCUCAUCACGUACAGCGACGAGCACUUCGCCCCGGGGUCCCACUCCGGCCAUCACCCCCAGGAUGGAGGCAACAAGCAAGGAAUGCCCAGGCAUCAUCCUGGACCAGACAUGCCCAACUUCUACUCCCUGUCUCCUGGCGGAGUGGGACAGAUCACGCCCCCUCUGGGAUGGUUCUCUCACCACAUGGUGCCCGGCCCCCCAGGCCCUCACGCAACAGGCAUCCCUCAUCCAGCCAUCGUCAACCCGCAGGUCAAACAGGAGCCGCCACAUGAAAGUGACAUCAUGCACAUGAAGUCCCAGCACGAACAGAGAAAGGAGCAGGAGCCGAAAAGGCCGCACAUCAAGAAGCCGCUAAACGCCUUCAUGCUCUACAUGAAAGAGAUGCGUGCGAACGUGGUCGCCGAAUGCACGCUGAAGGAGAGCGCCGCCAUCAAUCAGAUCCUGGGACGGAGGUGGCAUGCUUUAUCUCGGGAAGAGCAAGCUAAGUAUUAUGAGUUAGCCCGCAAGGAACGGCAGCUCCACAUGCAGCUCUACCCCGGCUGGUCUGCUCGAGACAACUAUGGGAAGAAGAAGAAGCGGAAGAGGGAGAAGAUGCAGGAAACGGCCACAGGUACAGGCCAGAGAAUGAAAACGGCGUACAUCUGAGAAUAUGGAGGAAAGAGGAACAGCUUUUCGACGUGCAAAGCGAAGGCAGCAUCAUCGGGUCCUCUGCUUGAGAUGGAGGCCUGUUAGAUUCCACGAAGACCCAAAACUCUCCGGUUCUCAGCGGGACCCCCUCCUCCUCCACCUCCUCCACCUUCACCUCCACCACACCGGGACAGAUUUAGCUCCUCCCUCGCCUCCUGAAGGCGCCUCCACUCCGCAGACUGAACUGAACGAGACAAUCAGGAUUUUAGCGGGAGCGCCGUCGCACCAAACCCUCCGUCUGUCUUCUGCACUGAAAACCCGCAGCACAGACUCCUCCUCUUCCUCCUGCUCCUCUUCCUCCUGCUCCACCGGCACUAACUUAUUCUAACUUAUUUGUCACCUGUCCGUUUUUGUAUAGUCCAUCAGGCCCUCGCUCGCCCCUCCCUCGCUCCGCCCUCUCACUGGUAACGUUUUGGGGACCGUUCCACCCGACCAAACGCCUCUUUGUUUUUGUUUUUGUUGUUUCGACUGACUGCACUAAGGAAGACGGAGGGAUCUCAUCUCGUCUCACCAAACGUCCGAUGCGGAGAAAAAAAACGGAUCAUUUUGACUCUCUCUCUUUCUCUCUCUCUUUGCUUUAUUUAGACUGAACUUUAUUUUGAAUGCUUUUGUUUUUGUAUCUCGCUUCAUCUUCUCGGUGUAUAUUUUAGUGAUUUUGGUUUUGUUUGUUUUUUUAUAGUGGUAUAUAUGAAAAUAAGCUUUUGGACACAAGAAAGCCAUUUUUCUUGUUGGAGCGUCUUGCAGAAAAUCGAAACUUGCGGCUUCUUUUGAUAACUAUUUGUAACAAAUAGUGACCUCGGGGUCGGCGCGGAUGUAACAUAAACGCUCGGUAUGUGUACUUUUUAAAAACUGUCAGGAUAUGUUGGAUUUUUCUGGAUAUUUUUGCAGGCUACAUCAGGAUUUUAUUGCUCGGAAACACGACAAAUGAAGCAGAUAUAUAUAUUUACUCCAGCACUUGACAGUCUUUCUUUUAUUGCAAUGGACCUUUUUGUCUUUUCUCUCUCUGGUAGCUAAUAGUGUGGUCUUUUUAGCCAUGUUGUUUAUUCCAUCUCUGUAACAUUUUUUUAAUUUUAUUUUGAUGCUCUAUUUUUAGUAUUACUUGACAAAUUAAUUUUUUAUUAUUAUUAUUAUUUUAAUAUUUUGGGUCACUGUUAUCUUGGAGGAGCAUUUUGCUUCCCAGGAAGUCAUAUUUGAAUUGUUUCAAUAUGUUUUUUGUUCUUUUUCUUUUUUUUUUCUAAAUAAAAAGGCACCAUUGUCUCA